AAAGCGCUCGCCCUGCGUGUGCGUCUCGAUAAAAGGCAGCCGAAGGGGCUCGCGCCGAGUAGACCCCAUUAAAGAGGCGUUCAAGAGCGGUUGAGGACAACUGUGCGUUAGCAACAAAGUGUGUCAAAACUGACCUAAACGCAGUCUUCGAGCGCGGGGUAUGACUCGCAGCCCGGCGUUUAGACGGGAAUAUCCGACACUACCUGACCGAGAAACUCUCUUCUAAAGCUCGCGAAGCGCAAACCGUCGUGUCGCGAUGCGCCUCAGGUAGAGCGCGCGCACACUAACCGCUUUGAACUGCGCGAAGAGCUUUAGCCAAGCCCAGUGUGUUGGAUUUUAAACGGUCCAGUUUUGACACGUUUGCUUUGCUCAACCGAGUAUCGGCGCUAAGCCCUGGGAUUUCACCUCGUCCUUGAGAGACCAGCGCAAAUCAACCCAAAUAAAACAUCCCGACCCUGUUCACCUCUCCCGGAGGGUCGCUCUCCUUCGAGACACGUGGACGAAGCGGCACGCAGCGUUAGCAGGGACCGAAGAGACGCAGCCUCUAUAGAGGGACUCAGACAGGGUGGGAGGAGAUCCCAGCAGAAUAAAAAGUCGUACAGGUUUUGAAGAAAAAGAAGGGUUCAGCUGCUCACCAAUGGGUUUGUGGUCUGAAGACGAGCAGCACUCAUCUCUUUCACAUCCUUUGUAGGUAGAAGCAGACACAAGGACAAAACUCUUUCAUCACAAGGAGCCUCGACUGACUGUCUGUUCAACGCAAUCCAGCCACACAUUCAGACUCUCUACAGGAGGAAUGAAGACAGGUGAAGCUGAAGACAGGAUGUCUUCCAAGCGACCAGCCUCUCCAUAUGGGGGAACAGAUGGAGAGGUAGUCAUGGCGACGAGCAGACAGCGAUUGGAGGAUGAAGAGGUUGACGGACAUGCUGUCAUUCACUUGCCCCUGAGUUCGUACUGCAGCAAAGUGUCCCCGCGAUCUCCGCGACUGCUCGACAGCCCCCCAACACUACACGCGAACAUGGAUCAGGAUGGCAGUAAAGGCCUGGCCCUGAGCCCCUACCCCCAGCACAACUCUUCUACCUCACCCAGUAAGCAGCAGCAGCAGCAGCAGGAGGAGGGGUCCAUGCGGCCGGGGAGCGAACCCAGCUCCGCUUCAGCUCUGGGCACCCCGGAGAGACGCAAGGGCAGCCUGGCCGACGUGGUCGACACGCUCAAACAGCGCAAGAUGGAGGAACUCAUCAAGAACGAGCCAGAGGAGGCCCCCAGUAUUGAGAGGCUGUUGUCUAAGGACUGGAAGGACAAGCUAUUGGCCAUGGGUUCUGGCAACUUUGGAGAGAUCAAAGGCACCCCGGACAGCCUGGCAGAGAAAGAGCGCCAGCUGAUGGGGAUGAUCACGCAGCUCAGCAGUCUGAGAGAGCAGCUACUGGCCGCCCAUGAGGAGCAGAAGAAACUGGCCGCUUCGCAGAUCGAAAAACAGCGCCAGCAAAUGGAGUUAGCCAAACAGCAACAGGACCAGAUUGCACGACAACAGCAGCAACUUCUGCAGCAACAACACAAAAUCAACCUCCUGCAGCAACAGAUCCAGCAGGUCCAGGGUCAGUUGCCUCCACUGAUGAUACCAGUGUUCCCUCCAGAUCAGAGAACUCUGGCGGCCGCUGCAGCACAACAAGGAUUUCUACUUCCUCCAGGGUUCAACUACAAACCAGGCUGCAGUGACCCUUACCCUUUACAGCUAAUCCCUACGACUAUGGCAGCGGCUGCUGCGGCGACGCCUGGCCUCGGCCCUCUUCAACUGCAGCAGUUGUAUGCAGCUCAGCUAGCUGCCAUGCAGGUGUCUCCGGGGGCCAAACACAGCACAGUGCCUCAGGCCAACCUGGCAACCGGAACACUCUCGCCCACCAGCGGCCAGAGCGAGAAAAACAGAAGCACCCCACCACCAAAGCCCAAGGACGAGGGCGCUCAGCCCUUGAAUCUGUCGUCCAAGCCUAAGGCAUCCGAGAGCAAGUCACCCACCUCCCCCGCUUCCCCACAGGUCCCUGCCCUGAAGCUGGGCCCCGGGUCCCUGAAGCACAGCGCCCCCUCCAGCAUCGGAGGACCGCCGUCCAGACUCAGCUCCAUAGACCUGCUGUCAUCCAUCACCUCCGGCGGCUACCUGAACGACCAUGAGGCAGUGACCAAAGCUUUCCAGGAGGCCCGACAGAUGAAGGAGCAGCUAAAAAGAGAACAGCAGGUUCUGGAUGCCAAAGUAGCGGCAGUCAACAGCCUGAGCCUCAACAACGGUCGCUCAGAGAAGGAUAAAGCCGCUCUUGAAAGCCUGAGCCAACAAUUAAAACAGUCUGAAGAAAGCAAGUUCACUCACGCAAUGAUGGACUUUGGCAUCAGUGGCGAUUCAGAUGGAAGCCCGAGUGUGUCAGACUCUCGAAUCUUCAGGGAGGCUCGAGGACGUGGCAGCAGCGAACCGCACAUCAAGCGGCCCAUGAACGCCUUUAUGGUCUGGGCUAAAGACGAGAGGAGGAAGAUCCUUCAGGCCUUCCCUGACAUGCAUAACUCAAACAUCAGCAAGAUCCUCGGUUCUCGUUGGAAGGCCAUGACCAACCUGGAAAAGCAGCCAUACUAUGAAGAACAGGCCCGUCUUAGUAAGCAGCACCUAGAAAAAUACCCAGACUACAAGUACAAACCACGGCCCAAGCGCACCUGCCUAGUGGACGGAAAGAAACUGCGCAUAGGUGAAUAUAAGGCCAUCAUGCGCAACCGCAGACAGGAAAUGCGCCAAUACUUCACCGUAGGGCAGCAGGCCCAGUUGCCUUUGUCCUCAGCGGGCGUUGUGUACCCAGGCGCACUCUCUAUGGCAGGAAUGCCCUCUCCACAGAUGCCCUCUGAGCACUCGAGCAUGUCCAGUAGCCCCGAACCUGUCCCACCCACCAGCCAGCCCUCUUACCUCACACACAAGGGGGAGGGGCCUCGCGUUAAGGAGGAGGAGCUCCGAAUGGACGACGGCAACGGCGACGCCUACGAUGACUUCGACUACGAAGACGAUGACGGGGACUAUGGAAGCGACAGCGAGAAUCACAUCACUCAGUAAACCUGCCAAUCACUGACAUCUCACCAGUCACCAGGCAUCUCACGCAAGCAAACUUCAUUCCGCCCCCAUACACCGUCCAAUCAGGACUCCUCCAGAGCCAAGCCCGAUAUACACAGCAAAGCACAGGACCUGUCAAUCAAAGUGACUGUUACAUGGAAAGGAGGGUCUUGUAAAAGAAGCAUAACACUUGCCUUGACUCCCGCUGAGCGAAACGUACCGCGGCAAGUUCAUAUUGAAUCAUGAGUAAGCUACGAUGACAUAGGAAAAAUGACCCUUAAACGGUUUGUUAUCGAGACAUUUAUUACUAAGGACCUGUCAGUCGACCCGUCAUAGACACUUUAAAAUGGUGGACCUGUUUGUUUCUAAAGAGACACUUUUAAACAGCUUUUUUUCUUGGUUCUAUAAUAUUCUCACUCAGGUACACAGUGCCAACAAGUGGCUUGUGAAUGUGAUUUUGUUGUUUUUGUGCUACAGUUUUAAUAGAGAAAAAAGACAUUUAUUUUCCUCUUCACCGUAAAGCACCUGACAGGAGUAAAAAUGACAAACAUUACCUUUUUUUUUUUGGUUUGUUUUUCCUUCGGCGUGCUAUUAGCUGAAUCUCUUUCUAUCAUCCUCACGCCCAUGUCCUCUCACUCAAAGAUGUCUUUUCUGUUGGACGAAAGGAUGGAAGGGAGGAUUCACGUCCCUUCACUCAGGAGUUCGGACAUCGCUGGAUGACAGACAAUCCCUCCUUCCUCACAUCUUUUCCUCUUGACACGCUUUUACUGUUCCUUUCUCCUCCUCUUCUGUGGGAGCUUUGGAUGUUGACGUCUCUUUCAGGUGUGGAGACAAACUUUAUGAGAUAGCACAAACUUUGUGUUUGGUGAACAGCUGACAUGGCGAUGGUUAUCAUGGAGAGUGAAGCCUCGAGCAGAAUUUUUGUACGCGUGCACAUUUCUUUGUGUCUGUGUGUGUGUGUGUGUGUGUGUGUGUGUGUGUGUGUGUGUGCGCGUGGAUGUGCAUUUUGCAAGAUUUUAAGUUAAUUUUUAUUACAUGUAGACGGUUGAUGUGCUGGUCAUGUGAACAUUUACAAAAGGAAAAAAACAUUAAUAUUCAACACGUACGAUUCAUGCUAGCAGCCAGAUCUGUGCGGAAGGAAGCCAAACGUUUAAUAAUAACGCUGCAUUUAUUUUUAUUUUUCGUCCAAUCAUUGGUCUGAUGAUUCUUUUCUUUUUUUUGUCUUCAUUCUUCGUUAAAUUUUUCCCCCCGUCAUUCUCAUUGUCUCCCUGAACAACCUGUUUCUGUCAUCGCUGGGUGCAGGGAACAUUGCACCUCGUUCUGAAAGGAAAAGAGGAGACGCGCAGAGAAAAGCUCUCUAGAGGAGAGUCUGUGCUUGAAUGGCGUAUUGAAGGAGGAGAAUAGAGUUCCCACAAGCCCCGGUGCUCAGCACUCUGUUUUCAAAGGACAGCUCUGAGAGAAACCAGGGAUCUCUGUACAAGACGAGCACGAGUGUGCGUUUCAAUCAGCGCCCCUUAAUAUAUCUCACAUCUCUACUCCUCCGCAGGGGUUUGUGUUCUGUCUCUCUCUCCUCUUUUAUUUCCCACCCUUUUUUCCCAUCUAUCACUCGGUUUAUCAGUGCAGAGGAGUCUCCGAGCCGUGCCAUCAGUCAUCCGCUCUCUGUGUGGCUGUGACUGACCCACUCCAUCUUACUGCACCUGUGUGGCUGGUGCUGGCACGUCGAUGGCGUUUGAUUGACGGCUGCCCUAACUGUAACUACUCUGCCAGCCUCUCUCUGGCCUGGUGUGGGCAUAAGCGGGCAGCUGGAUGAGAGAGACACAAGCUGUUAGGUGAACAGCAGCCAGACUCCAGCCAUUAAUAUCUGCGUUCUUUUUUUUUUUCCCCCCGUUUACAUCUACCUACAGGCCGUCCACUCACAACACAUAUCAAAUUAUAUAUUUAGAACGCAAACGUACAAGCUAAAAGCAGAUUAGAAUUUUCUGGCCUACUUGAGAUUUUUUCUGACGAUUAACGUUAAGGUACUCUGAUGCCUGUAGCACUGGCAAAGUGAUGACCAACCGCAUUUUGCGUGUUUCUUCUUUCGUCUGGUUUAUUCGGUUCGAUGAGGUCCGGUCCCGUCUGUUAUUUGUAUUUGUGUUUUGCCUCCAUGUCAACGUCACUCUGCUGUCGAGGUUGGGAGGAGCCGUUUCAGACUCUGCAUGUUAAUGUUUUAGUUUGUAUUUGCAAAUACUGUAUUUUAUUUUCAUUAAAACUGCCUCUAGUGUAAUAAUAUUAUUAACAAUAAUUAUAAGAAUAGGCAGCAUUUCCUAAGUUUAGUAAGUUAUGUACAGUAUAAUUUAUUAUUUUCCUCCAGUUGGAUUUUUAUGAUCGUAUGGAAACUGCGCUUGAUAAAGCAUUAUAUUUAGCUGGGUAGGUAUUUAGAUCUAAUUAUUAUGUUCAAUAUUCUGUUUUUUGUUCUACUUUUUUAUUUUAUUUGUUCUUGUUUUUUUGUUGAGUUAAUCCUGUUCUGACGCUGAUAUAUCUCUGAGAAAGUGGUCACGGUGAACUGCUGAUAUGAAGGAAAAGAGACAUUUCUCUUUUUUUCAUUUUCUUUUUCUCCUCCGUGCAUCGUUCAUGAACUCCAAACACAUUUCUUAAAGCACUAGGACUCUGGACACUCGGAGACAAACAUAAGAAGAACAUGAUAUUUUUAUUUGUAAUGGUUUAUGUAUAAUGUGAAGUUUCCUAUCUGUUAAUUCUCUUUUUCUUUGACUGAAGAUAAAGAAAACAGCUAUAUUAUACCCCAAUUGUUAUUGAACAGAAAGAGCGUGGAUCUUGUUUACUGAUAUUUGUCAUCCUCUCUCUUAUGUUUCAUUGGAACGUCACUGGUUUAUAGACAAAUUCCAUCUGUUUGCCUAUUUUAUAUAUUAGAGUACAGUUACGUUAACCCUCAAAAGGACAGUUCACCCAGAAAAUGAAAUUGGCAAAGACCGUAUGACUUACUUUCUUCUGUAGAACACCGACAGAGACAUGUAGCAGAUGGUCCAAGCUGCUUUCUUCCAUACAAUGAGAGUAGAUGGGGACCAGGGGCUCUGAAAACACAAAAAUGCAUCAUAAAAGAGGUCCAAACAGCUGUGCUAUAUUCCCAAGUCCUCUAAAGCCAUGCAACGGUUUUGUAUAAGAAACAGACUGAAAUGUAAUUCGUUUCUCCCUGAAUUAUCCCUACGAUCGAUAUUCAGCAGCUUGGACGUUCUGUUAAACAUCUUUGUGCUUCACAGACGAUUAAAAGUGAAACGAGUUUGGAAAGAGACGUAAACGAUCCCUUUCAUUUAGAAGACGUGACUUUUCCGAAUUGAUCAAACUGUCUGAUUCCAGUGAAGCUCCACUGAAUGGCCAUAUUAGAUGUUUUUAUCUCCAGAAUUGUUUUAGCUCCACACACUGUCUCCCUCUGUCAAUCAAGUUCACGGUAGUGACAUCACAAUCACACCUUGUCAGAUAACAAAAGUCACAAUCGCAGAAUAGCCACCAUCUGAUGUGACCAUGCUUUCACUUUUAGUAAUUCCCACAAUCAUAUCAAUCGAUAGGGACACACGUAUGCUGGCUGGUUUAACACACAAGGUCUGUCGGCAUGGUAACCUCAUGUUCUGAUAAUGAUGGCCUGUAUUAUGAACAAUAAUUGAUAAGACAAUCAAAGUCAUGUGUGGAGCUCAAAACAAACGUUAAAUGACAUCAAACAAAAAGUACUUAGAAACUUAUCUUACCAUCUCAACUUGAAAAAUCGAGAAAGAUAAUUAUGUAAAUAUAGCAUAGAGUUAUAGAUUUAUAUUUUGUUCAUAACACAGUGUAAUAUAAGUUGUAUAUUUCUUUCUCUCUUUUAUUGAUGUUAUUCAUGCCACAAUAAAAGCAAGAGUUACUGUACUCUUAUGAAAAAAAAAAAAAAAAAGCAAGCCGUGGGUUACCACCAUCUGUUCUAAGUUGACGUUUUUCAGUAUUACUGCCAGUCAAGGCUCAAAUAAAAACAGCAACGUGUUCUGUA